GAGCGAAACAUUCCUCACUACGGAGAGCGACUGGCCACGCACAGGCAGCAGGAACUCGCUGGUCGCCCAGUUGGCAAACUGACGAAGUUGUCUUCGGAAACUUGAAGGCUCACAAACAAAACCACCAUGACUUCGACGAACAUGUUUCAGGGGUUGGCUACUGGCUCAAAACCGAGCUCCAGGGUGUUGCAGCCUCCCGGAGGUGGCUCCAGUAACCUGUUUGGUGGCUACGAGGAUGAUGCUGCAGCAGUGAGAAGACCUAAUAAAAUGGCCUCUAAAGUGUUUUCUCCACCAGAGGAGCCCCAGAGUGUACCCAGACGCUCCAACCCUCCAGGUGGGAGGAGUAGUGGAAUAUUUGGGGGAGCUGAACCUCCUGCUCAACCACAGAGACCCAUGCCACCAGGUGGAUCCUCUAGCAACAUCUUUGGGGCUGCUGACUCUGCGCCUGUGCAAAGCCCAAGCAAAAGCCACCCAAACAAGCCAAAGGACAAUCUAAAUGUGGGACCUGAACCUGAAUUACCAAAACCAGCACCCAAACCCAAGGUCAGCCAGCCUGAGGUGAAGGAAGAAGUUACCCCCCCAGCUCCCGUGCCAGCCAAAGAAGAGCCUCCUACUGUGUCAGAGCCUGAACCCAUUUCUUACUCUUCCUCACCUCCCGAUGACACUUCACUGAAGAACCACGAGCCUCACCUUGGACCCAAGCCUCGCUCUCACAACAGGGUCCUCAACCCACCUGGAGGAAAAUCUAGUGUGGUAUUCUACUGAUCAGCUGAACACGCCACUCCUCCCUGUUUGUGUCCAUAACACUCCUUGUCUGAUCCGUGUUAAUCUUCUCUCAUUCCACACGGUUAUUUCACCUGUACAUCUAAACCCUGCCCAGGAAUCUUGUUCUUCACACUUGAUUCCCGGUCAAAUGCAUCGUCCUCAACUUCUUGCACUUUCUUUCUGUUUUCUGGCUCCUUGCUCUUUGUCUGUCAUAUUCCUCUUCACCUAGACCUGCUGUCAUACAAUCAGCUACCGGUCAAUCAACAGGCUAUGACCAUUAGUCACUUUGAUUGUGACUUUGUCCAAUCUCAAUAUUGUGGCUACAUUUUAACCAUUUCUCUGUGAGCAUCUCAAGAAAGGUUGAGACAUCGUAAGAAGCUUUAAAUGAUUAUGGAUUCAAAUGAUCUGGUGUCACUAAAAUCCUCGCACACAUUUUCUCAAUUUUGUUUUAAGCCUUAAUUUUUUUCAGACAGGAGGGGAUGGACAGAUCUUUCACAAUUUGUGAUAUGUGAAAUGUUUCAGGGAGUGCCACCGUUUUAUGUGCUGCCAGUUCCUUAUUUGAUGACAACACAAAAUCUUUUGUUUGGCAGUUAUUCCAAAUAAUGCAUGUGUUAGACCUUCACAAUGAUUCAGUAAGCAGAAGCCUUAUAUCAUCUUCAGUGUUCUUUCUUGCCUUGUCCCAAAUGUCAUGGGGAGAGUUGCUGAAAAAUUGACCUCGCAGUCGUUUAAGCAAUCGUUUACUCCCAAUUACUUCUGCUUCUUUAAAGAAAUUCCAUUUUGAUUUUAAUGCCAAUGUAUUGUGUGCAGGUACUUUCUGCUUUGCCCUCAUUGCUUGCUUUAUCUGAGAACAUGCCUUUUUCUGCUUGGGGUAGGCCUCUGUUUAUGUUUUAAAUUAAAACGGCUGAAGACAGUGAACUCUGGACAAGCACGUGGCCUACCUGAGUCUAGGUGGGCUCAUCGAUAAUCACCCUUUCGCUCACUUCAUGAUGCACAUUCAUGUUAUUUUGGUGCCAGCCUGCCCCCAGUGUGUUGAUGUGCCUGGCAGGCAAUGAGCGCAGCAGAAGAAAGAGAACCUGUGUAUUGCAAUAAAACUGUUGUUUUGCAUUUAGA